AUGGGACUUUUCUCAUCCGACAAGAAGUAUCCCGUUCCACCUGACCCGACCGGCCAACCGCCGGCGAGCAAUCCUCCUCCCCCUGCUACGUACACGGAGCAGAGCCCUCCCGGAUAUCACCAGGCGACGUCCUCCAUUUCAAGCUCGUUCGCCGGGCCAUCUGGAUCUUCGACGAGCGGCGGCUUCGGAGGCGGUGUCGGCUACACGGCUUCAGGCUAUCCCGAUGAGAAGAAGCAGCCGCUGGAGGCUGCCGCGCCGACACCUUCGAUGCCGAUUUACGCCUGCAUGUUGUUGAGCAGCAGCGACAAGCUGCGCCUGCUGAACUUUCCUCACAGCGUGUGGGACGCCAUCGAGCAAACGAUCAUUCGCGCCUGGAUUGGAAUCCAGCGCAAGAAGAUGAUGGAUAACAGCUGCAUCGAGUUCAAGUUGCGCGGAAACCCCUGGUACGGGCAGUACAGCGAGGCAGUGCCGUCACGCCGUCUCAUGACCCACCUCCUGCACUGUCUGUCGGUACAUGGCUGGCACCUUUCGAUCUCGACCGACCUCUCGAAGAAGUCCUACGACAAGGACACCCUUUUUUUCCGUCAUGGCCCACCACUGAACCGCAUGUUCUUCUCCGUCUCGUUUAAUGAGUACGACAAGAUCAGGAUCAUCGACCCGCCAACGGAGCAGAUUAAGAACGCAUUCGUCCAGGCUGUACAGUCAUGGCCGCUCGGCAUCCAGAGGACGGAGACCAAGGAACAUGGAUGCACCCAGCUCAAGCUCAGGGGGAACCCAUGGAUGACCUCUGACGGAGUGGAGGUCAACCAGGCCCGUCUCAUGGCUAUGACUAUCAUGACAGUCAUGGACCAGCACGGCUAUGAGCUCGCCGGCUCGGUCGACAUGAGCGCAAGCGGCGGGGAGGGUACCAGCGACCGUGAGCGCGUAUAUUCUAGGCAGAAAGGCUAA